AUCUCUAGACACUGCGACAUUUUCCCCUCCUUCCACCUUUUCACCUUUUCUACUGCUCUGACUAAUUAAUAGUUUACAGUUUAACCCCAAUAGAGAGAGAGAGAGAGAGAAAAAAAAAGGAAAGGAGAAAAAGUAAAUAACGCGCGAAAAUAGGGAGGGGGGAGAAGAUCUAGGGCAAGAAUCGAUUCCCGUCAUCGACAUCUUCUCGCGCCUUCAAUCCAGCCUCCGUUUCCGGUCCUCCUCCUCCCCCGGGAGCGGCGGCGGCGGACGAGGAGCUCGGGGGCACGCCUCCGCACUUCUGACACCGGUUGACGACGAGUAUCUGCCGGCAGGAAGGGCAGGACGAAUGGCUGCCGAGCCAGGUGUCGAUGCAGUCGACGUGGAAGCCAUGGCCGCACUGCGGGAGCACCCGGAACUCGUCCCCGGCCGCGAAUUCCACGAGGCAGAUGGCGCAAUCGGUGAAUUUCGCAGCGGCGUCGUCGGCGGGGGAGAAGGUCUGCUUGGGGAGGGCGCGGAGGACCUUCUUCUUCACUCCCUUGUUGGCCUGCGAGGAGCUCGGGGCCCCCGGCGGAGCCCUGCCUCCCCCCGCCGCGGCGGCGGGUCCGGAGGAGGAGAGGCGGCGGAUCCAGGCGCAGCGGGCGACGGCGACGAGGCCGAGGACGCAGAUCAGGGCGCAGAGGAGUGCGGCCAGUAUGACGACGAAGUCGCUGUCCACCGGCGGGACGGGCGGUUGGGAGUCCCCGGCCGGUGCUGUUGUUGCUGCUGCCGGCACGGAAUCGAGCAGCCUGAAUGGACGAGUCAUGUGGAGGAGCUGUAGAGAGAGAGAGAGAGAGAGAGAGGAAUUGGGGAUUUUGGAAUUGGGGAUUUUGGGGGUUCAUUGAAGGGGUUUAAAUAGAAACUUCGAAGAGAAUUUUUAAUUACAUUGUUUAUAAGGUGUAAUUUGGCUGUUUGGCAUAUGCUUCCGUUCAUUGCGCUCCUUCACCAGCACUACCUUUUUACUUUCUUUAUUUAA